AUGUCUACUGCUACAUUGGGUUCUCCUCCCCUUUUACCGACUGAAUUGCUCUCCAAAGAUGAAGUAAGUAUAGUGGCUCCAUCAGAAGAUAAGAAGAUCCAAACCACCCCGCCCAAAACGCCGCCUGGAGAGAAAGUCUCUGCUGGUGAAGGCUUCCACCAUAAGGGUGAACCACGCCGGAUCUCUCAGGGUGAAUUCGAGCCUGAACAGCACUUUUAUCCUCGCGUACUGAAUGCACAAAUCCAUCCUCUGAUCCAAUCCUUCUUUACACUGGGCAACGAAAGAAUCAUCGCGCGCUACACACAUUUGAACCCUCAGGUCAAGGCAGAAGACUUGAAGGAAGUCUUGUCGUACAGUCCCAAACACUUUCAAUGGGCUGGAUCUGACUUGUUCAAUGUCACUACAGCUUCUGGCCAUCGUCAAAUGAUUGUAAUUGAAACCAACUCGUGUCCAUCUGGUCAAAAAUCAAUGCCAUUGCUAUCUGAAACCGAUGAACACAACGAGCAAGGUGGCUAUCGUCUGGUCAUUGAAUCUGCUUUUCAAGAGCAACUCUCAAAGGCAGAUCCCAGUCUUGGCGGAUUAGCUGUGGUAUGUGACAAGAAUAUGAUGGAAUCCAGCGGUUAUGCCGCGGUGUUGGCUGAUGUCGCCAAAGAGCACGUCUGGCUUGCUGAAUGGCACGUGGAUGAUCCAGAUCCAGAUAUCAAAUGGCAGGAUCGUAUCUUGUAUAUACGUGACAAGGACCAAGUGUGGCAUCCUAUACGCGCCUGUUUCCGUUAUCUCACUCAGAAGCCCUGGAACCGAUUCCCUCUCAAGACCAAGACGAUUGUCAUGAACCAAAUCAUCAGCUGUCUCGCCGGUGGUCGUAACAAGAUGAUGGCAGCAAGAGCCUACGACUUUUACAACAAGGACAUUGUUAGUACGGGCCUAAGUAUAAAAACGCCAGAGACCAUCAACAAUGUAACACGCGGUGAGAUACCUCUGUGGAUCAGCUCAAUGGGAGGACAUGCAGUGCUCAAGGUGCCUUACAGCAAUGCAGGACAAGGGGUGUAUACAAUCACGAAUCAGACGGAACUAGAUGAUUUCAUGGGCCAAGACCAUCAUUACGACAAGUUUAUUGUUCAAUCACUUGUGGGUAACGCCUCCUGGUCAAGUGUCACAACGGCUGGAAAAUUCUAUCAUGUCGGCACAAUUCCAAAUAAGAAGAGUAAUACAUACGUAAGUGAUCUCCGUAUGAUGGUGACUGGCAGCGAGCAUGGAUUUAGGCCCAUCUGUAUAUACGGACGCAAGGCAAGACUACCUCUGACUGGCGACUUGCAGCCUGAUGCCAACACCUGGGACAUGCUGGGCACAAACCUGUCUGUUAAAUUGCCUGACGGUGGAUGGACAACAGAUACUUCAAGACUGAUCUUGAUGGACAGAAAGGACUUUAACCAGCUUGGUCUAGGCAUUGAUGAUUUGAUUGAUGCUUAUAUCCAGACCGUCCUGGCGGUAAUUGCCAUUGAUCGCAUGGCUACUCGCUUGAUGGCCAACGGUGAAUUUGACUAUAGCUUAUUUGAAAGCCUUAAUCCUGAUAAUGCGCUCAUGAAUGAAAUCAGAGAGGCAAAUGAAGACUUUUAG